AUGUCCGUGGAACCGCAUGACCGCCGAUCAGCAUCACCUCAAUCCACCAACACGGUCGACUCGCUUGCUGCGUCACUACCACCGCAGACCGCCAGACGCAUCGUGCACUUGAUGAAGAUGCUGAAUGGAAGAAUGAGUGGCAAUCUCGUCUUCCGACGGGGCGCUGCUAGCCCGUGGACCAAAAGCUACUGCUAUGUGAAGGAAGAUACAGCGAGCUUGAUGUACGAGGCAUACACCAACGACGGCAACCAUAGAAAGCUGGUUCCUGAUCUCAGAGGAUGCAAGGUCCGCCCAAGCAUUGACAGAGAGACUCCGUUCCUAGAGAUCACGUCUCUCCGAGCCAACAUUAACGUGCACAUCAAGCUGCACACUCAAGCAGACUUUGACACGUGGUAUGCGGUCUUGUUAUACUGGAGCCUGAGGGAAGAAAAACUUGGACGAAGAGGCGGAUCGAGCAACGGAACCGUACCGUCACCACGUUCACAACAAUCAGCUUCUGUACAAGUCCCGGCUCGGACUUCCUCAGCAGCCAAAGUACGAUCACGCACACGCAGCAAGUCCGAGCGGCCUAAAUCGGAGGUCAUGACAACACGUGAAGCGCCAGUGAUCAAGAUUGGCAACAUGAUCUAUUGGGACACGAAUAUUGGUUACAGUAGUAGCACUCCCGGCUUGGUUGGUACUCCGAUGACAUCACGGCCGCAAGCGUACCGAAUGCAAAGCUAUGGUACGCGACGAUGGCGGCGCAUCAGUGGCAUGUUGCGCGAGAACGGCGAGCUAAAGUUGCAGUCUGAAGCGGACAACAGCUUGAUCUCUGUCGUGCAACUCAGUCAGCUCAGCCGGUGCGCCAUUCAGCGGCUGGAUCCUAGCGUCUUGGACAACGACUUUUGUAUCGCGAUUUACCCGCAGUAUACGUCGAGCCUGAGUAACAGCCAGUCCGGCUUCAUGCGGCCUAUCUUCCUGAGUCUGGAGAACAGAGUACUGUUUGAGGUUUGGUUCGUGCUCUUACGAGCGUUCACCAUUCCGCAACUCUACGGACCGCCUUCACCGGAGCAGAACGAUGCCGAUAGGACACCAGACAGUGAAGACACGAAUGCGCCUCCAACAACCGACAUGUUUCGCGUCGAGCGCAGUUUGGGCAUACGCGUGAUAGAAGCGAAGAUGUAUCCCCCAGCCACAAGCGAUCCGUGGUCGCUUGAUCCGGACUUCAACGGCGCUCACACCCGAAGCGGGCAGCGUGACGGUAGGCCCGAGCAGCAAGGCUACUACGCUGAAGUGUUGCUGGAUAAUGAGACACGUGGCAAAACAGCUGUGAAGUUCGAAGGCUUGAGCCCGCUUUGGGGCGAGAGCUUCGACUUCGUGGAUCUGCCGCCCGUGCUGAACAGUGCCAGCGUGGUGAUCAAGCGUCGCCCACCUGACACCACGCACCUGCGUGAGCAGCAUGAAAGCCGGCUUGUGCACGAAGCAUAUGGUUUCACUGGCGAUCAGCAUGGCGGCUACACGGGCUUGACGUUCGAUGUCACUUGCGGCAAGGUUGAGAUUUACCUACAGGAGCUGGAAGAUGAGAAGGAGAUUGAGAAGUGGUGGCCGAUCGUGAACACGCACAACCAGCGCGUCGGCGAGGUUCUGAUCAAAGCACGUGCUGAAGAGGGCGUGAUAUUGAUGGCGCACGAUUAUCAGCCGCUGAGCGAACUGCUGCACCGCUUCAGCAACGCUCUCACCCUGCAGAUCGCAUCCAUGAUACCUGCAGAGCUCAAGCGCUUGAGCGACUGCCUGCUCAACAUCUUCCAGGUCUCCGGUAAGUCGAGUGAUUGGCUUAUGGCUCUGGUCGAGGAGGAAAUCGAUGGCGUGACGAAGGAGACGCCAAUGUUUCGCUUGCGAUACAAAGAACGCGUUGGCUCAAACGAUAGUAGAGAGAGCCACGGCGCCGGGGUGACGCACAGUGAUCGCGAACUCAUUGUACGCGACAUGAACAGAAACGCUGCGGUGGAGGCUAACCUGCUCUUUCGCGGCAACACCUUAUUGACGAAGAGCCUGGAUACGCAUAUGCGCAGGGUCGGCAAGGAAUAUCUGGAAGACUCGCUUGCGGCCAAGAUCCAAGAAAUCAAUGAUAAAGAUCCGGAAUGCGAGGUUGAUCCCAACCGUGUCAGCUCGCCGCAAGACUUGGAGCGUAACUGGCGCCGGCUUAUGUUAUUCACGAGCGAAGUCUGGAAGUCAAUUGUGGCGGCUAAGAGCAAGUGUCCGAUCGAACUCAGGAUGAUCUUUCGCCACAUCCGCGCAUGUGCGGAAGACCGGUAUGGCGACUUUCUCCGGACGGUGAGCUACAGCAGUGUGAGCGGCUUCUUGUUCUUGCGGUUCUUCUGCCCGGCCGUGUUAAACCCGAAGCUCUUCGGGCUGCUGAAAGAGGAUAUGAGACCGCGCGCCCGUCGUACGUUCACGCUCAUCGCGAAGUCGUUGCAGACGCUUGCGAACAUGGCCCAUUUCGGCACUAAAGAGCACUGGAUGGAGCCUAUGAACACGUUCCUCGGUCAGCACCGCGAGAGCUUCAAGACGCUCAUUGACGACGUCUGCUACGUACCCCGUCCGGCGUCUACUGCCAUGCACCCAGCCCCGGCCGGUCCUCCAGGCUUCGCAGCAGGCAUUCCGAGCACAGAGACACACCUCAGCUACGGCACGCCGAUGACAAUUAUGCAGCGCUUGCCACCGACCAGUAGAGAAGGCUUUCCCAGUCUCCCUUACUUAAUCGACCAAGCUAGGGCGUUCGCAGAUCUUGUACAGUUAUGGCUGGCAAUUGUCUCUCCGACCCGACAAGGAGACAGCUAUGGUAACGGCACACGCAGGCAGUCCGAGAUCAUUCAUGUUAUCGAAACCACGGAAGGCGAUCUCAAAGCCUUCCAUGACAUUUGCGUUAGCCUCAACGGCCGCACGCAGGAGUGUCUGAGCCGCGCCGAGCGAGCCGAGCGACCUAACAGUGCGCUCAGCUUCCACUGGGAAGAGAUCAUUGAGCAGCUGCAGAGCAAUCCGAACAUCGAGAGCCCAGACGAGACAGCCGCCAGUCAGAUCACCUUCGACUUAGGUGCGUCAAGGCUUAGCGAAGACCCGUCGCUAUUGCCGCCGGGUAUGCAGUCGAGUCGCAGACCGCUGUCCACCGUGAAGCCGCCAAGGCAGUGGGAUAUGGUCACUUCAACGGAUGAGGACGAAGAAGAAGAGAGAGAAGAAAACGAUGAAGUGGGAACCAUGCUCUACGAUCCUACACCACCCCACACCAGCGCAGCCUCAACCUUCGAACUUCCCAAUCCACCGCAGCGUACAAGCACCUUAUUCAGAGACCGGCCCGGCUCGGCAAGCAUCAGCAGUAGUCUCCGCAGCCGCACGGCCAUCGCAUCCCGAGGGUCCGAUGGCCAGCGAUCCCCCUCCGUGUCCGCAUCAGCCAGCACAAGCGCCGUAAGCAGCGACACCGAGCAUACGAAUGGCACAACGGCGCUGCCGAAUUAUGAGAGGGAGAUCCGGCAUCGAGAGCGAAGGGAGGCCGCAAAGCAGCAGAUUGUGGCGCAAAUGGAGGAGGCGAAAGUGAGAGAGCAGGCGGAGAGGGAGAGAAGGAGGGGCAAGACGCCGCUUGCUGCGUUGACGGGCCGGAGGAGGGAGGGGAGGAAGGCGGUUGGGCAUGGGAGUGGGAGUGGGAGUGGGUCUGGUCAGAGGGGGGUGGAUGUAUGA